AUGUCGAACCGUCCAAUCUUCGUUGCGACUCAUCCUCGCGCUUGUUCCACGGCUUUCGAAAGAGUCUUCAUGCAGCGUCGUGAUACUCUCCAAUGUGUCCAUGAGCCCUUCGGGGAUGCGUUCUACUUUGGCCCGGAAAGGAUGAGCCGUAGAUAUGAAGGUGACGAGAAGGCUAGAGUUGAAAGUGGUUUUGCCCAUUCGACGUAUCAGUCGAUAUUUGAGAGGCUCGAGAGAGAAGCAGCUGAGGGAAAACGUCUUUUUAUUAAAGACAUCAUUCACUAUCUUGUUCCCCCGAGCGGACAACCCCCCAGCAUCGCUCCAUCCUUACUGAAAAUCAAACGCGGUGUGGGCACGCAGGAUGGCAACGUUGUCGACCCCGUCAGUAUCUUAGCUGCGGAACCAAGUUCCAAUGUCAAUAAAAAGACACCUUAUCCCUAUGAUACGCCUGCGGAGGUCGACAAUCCGACUGUUGUUCCGGCAGCAAUGCUCGGCAAGUUUCAUUUCACCUUUUUGAUCCGUGAUCCCCACUACAGCAUCCCAUCCUACUAUCGAUGCACGAUCCCACCACUCGACGCCAUCACUGGCUUUUACGACUUUUAUGAAUCCGAAGCAGGCUACGAUGAAGUUCGCCGCGUUUUCGACUACCUACGCAAAAUACGGCUUGUUGGGCCGCAUGACGCCAACGGGAACGCAACUACAAAUGGAGCAUCAAAUGGAGUCUACGUAAACGGCGACGGCGUCAAUGGUAGCGCGGCGCCAGCAAAUACCAAAAGAGCUGAAAUUUGUGUCAUUGACGCGGACGAUUUGCUGGAUGAUCCCGCUGGCAUAAUCAAGCGCUACUGCAAGAGUGUGGGAAUAGAUUAUACGCCCGAAAUGCUCACCUGGAAUUCCGAAGAAGAUCAUGAAAUUGCCAAAGAGGCAUUCGAGAAAUGGAGAGGAUUCCAUGAAGACGCCAUCCACUCCACUGAGCUGAAAGCUAGAAACCAUCAGAAAGCACGCAAAACUGAGGCUGAAUUUGACCAAGAGUGGCGUGAGAAGUACGGCGAAAAAGGAGCAAAAAUCAUCCGUGCUGCUGUAGAUCGUAACAUGGCUGAUUAUCGCUAUAUGAAGAAAUUCGUCAUGAAGGCUUGA